ACAGCCGAUGACGCAGCCUGUGGGAGUAAGGUGUGGUGGUGCUGGCUAGUGUGACGCUCCAACCUGUUUUGAAUGGUGUCCUGUCGUGCUCAAGCCUUCAUACAGCGAUUAAAUACUGCCCCAUAUAUCUGGUGCAGUGAGCAUGGUGAUGGUAUAUGGUAACUGUGGCUGAAGAGGAGGCGUGAGAGUGUAUGGGUGGACGUCCAGAGCAGCAAACAUGUCAUGGAAGGUGGUGAGGGAGAAGCAGGUGAGCAUGUUAUUGGAAACGGUGGUGGUAAUCGUGGCGGUGACCUUCGUGUUGGUGGUCGCUGCAGUGUACAUGGUGGGUGACAGGACACUUCUCACCUCACCCAUUGCAUACGAGUUAGUCCAGGUAGCGGAGGUGAAGGUGGAGAAGAGUGGGUGGAGGAGUGUCAUGUGUACCAAUCAAUCAACCGCCCCUACACCCAUCCUCGCCCCUCUACCUAAGUUCUCUCCGUCACCCGAGGCUAGGAAUGUCUUCUUCUUGGAGACUACUUGUGCCCCUGGGAUCAAUGCCAAGAUGGCCUGUGCAGUUGAGAGCGCAGCCAGACACCAUCCAGCCCAUCAGAUACAUCUAGCCCUAACUAACAGCUUCGUGCGGAUUAAUGACACCUUCAUCCAAGCUCUAUCCACUCUCCCCAACGUCCGCAUAUCUACCCUGGAUGUGGAUGAGGUGGAUAAACAUGGGCAAUUUGGCAAGUGGCUCCGUCAGAUGAAGUGGGCCAAGGGGAGAUGGCCAGAGAUCAACCUCUCAGACGCACUACGGGUCGGUGUGGUCUGUUCAACUGGAGGGAUUUAUCUCGACUUGGACAUGUGGAUCAUGGGGCCUCUCCCAGAUGCUGAGUCUUGGCUCUCUCGUGAACACCAGAGCCAGCUGACUAACAGUGCCUUCAAGCUGCCCAAGGAUCACUGGUUCUGUGAGGAAGCCAAGAAAGGUAUGAUGGGGCACUUCAUGCCAAACGUGUGGGGAUACAACGGCCCUUACCUCUUCCAGAACACCAUAAAGAGGUUUUGCCAUGUUAAAAUAACCCCCACCUUACAUUCCUGUCGGGACCUCAUGUUCUUAGAUCCUGCCCUGCUGUUCCCGAUUCAUUAUGCCGUAUGGGAACACUAUUUCAGGCCUAAUGGUAACAGAAGAUGGAAAAGGCCCUCAAACAUGGUAGGCAUCCAUCUGUGGAACAAAUUGAGCAGUAAGAGGCCGCUGAACCCAGGUGAUGGCUCCAUUGUUGACAAGGUCGCCCAAGAGAACUGUCCCCACGUAUACAAAACUCUACCAGAGACCAGGCAAUCCAGGAGGUGAUGGGUAGCGGCCAGAGUGAGACGGUCUCCAGCACACACCAAGAGCUCUGUCAACAUGGAUAUACUGCAUAGUGUCGAGGAUGUGUUCAGGUGUGUUAGUACUCAAAAUAUCCUCAGACACGGACGUACGAUCUAACCUAUAAUUCCCUAACUUAAUUUAACCUUUAUCCAACCCAACCCAACACAACCUAAUCUAACCUAAUAAACAUUAACCUUACUUAACCACCUUAACC